AUGCUCUUGACGACAAUCGAUGGCGAAGAAGAUCUACGGAUUCACAAUAUUUCAAUACUGCCAUCUGAUCAAUGCGCGACAGAGGAACAACGGGCAGCUAAAUGUUGUUGUGGUGAUGGAUUCUUUUUCGACUUUCCGAGGAAAAGAUGUGAAGUUUCGCUAAAUGUGGGCUUUAUGUUCGGUGGGCUGAACAACAGUUGGUCGCAUGUAGUCGUCUAUGGAUUCGCAUAUCCGAUACUUAUGAUUUCACUGAUCGCACCUUUAUGUGCCGUGAUGCUGGGAAUGCGAAAGCGCGAGAAGCGCGAAGGUGAUCGCAGAUAUCCUAAUCCACUUCAUCAAAUGAUUUGGUUACUGGCAUUCUGUGGAUGGAUAAGCGUCUUGUCACCACUACCAUUUACUUUUUGGUACUACAUUCUUGGAGAAGGAACGAGAUCUCUUAACCAAUCCAUCGUUAUGUGUCAUGUCUUCCGAACAACAAUGGAAGCAAUUCCGCACACCAUUGACACUAUGAUGACAUUGUUCAGUGUACUGCUGGCAGCUGCAAGGUUCUUGACACAGUACCACCGAAGCACAUUGAAGGUUCGUACCGUUGAACGCUUCUCCAGGGCGAUAUGGUUGAUCAUAAUCGUAUGCGUUACUAUUGGACUUCUACGAUUUUUCGAACAUGACACCACAGUCUAUCAAUUCUGUAUGGACACAGAACCUACGCCUCAGUGGGCAACACGCUGUAUGAUACGAGACGGAGCCCUCAUGAAUAUUUUGACGCGAACGUUUUGGAAAAUUUUUCUACCAUUAUUGGACUUUGUUGUACAGUUUAUAAUACCGGGUUGUUUGCUUGCUCUUCUACACGUCGGUUUCAUAAGAGAACCAGAAAUCGACAUUGGAAUGAUAACAAAGCAUAAUCGGUUCGGUCGGACGCCAAGAGAUCAAACUCGUAUUCUAGUUGCAACAGUAACUAUUGCCUUUCUUGCAGUACAAGUACCGACUGCUUUCAUCACCACUCUAAGCCUCACAAUUAAUCACUUUCAAAACAACAAUGCUCUGAUGAUUCUCGCCUUUGUGAUUGGUCAUCUUCAACCGCUGAUUUCAAUUACAACUAUUGCCGCUAACUCUUCUGCACUGCUAACAGCAUAUUAUGUGAUUGUCAAGGUAUGCUCAUUGUAUAGAAUCCAAGGAACACAAAUCCAGUACAGAACUCCACUCUUCGUUUUUGGAUGGUUAUGA